UGUGUUUCAGGCUGACGUCGUUUCUUGGCAGGCUUUGCGAGGGGUUACGGCAUAGUCCUGCCGUCGUGCGUCACCUCUGAAAAAUGCGCCAUGGAGGUUGUCCGUGCAUGUCAAGGUUAUUUUAACUGAGGUGUGGGACAACUCCUACUUUCUGUCACGUUUUGAUUGGCUUUCAGAAGAGGCAGUGUCCUAUAAAUUGCCACACCGCCCUGCUUCUGCUCUGUCACCGAGCUGAGGGACUGUGGGACAGGAUAUUUGAAAGAGGAAGAUGCCAAUUGUCAAAAACGUGAGCAGAGCUGUCAGCCAGCUGCUACAGAGCUCUGGUUGUGGAUGUGGGAUUUCCAUCGUGCCUGUUCGAUGUAUUGGAGUCUCACCCCGCCAGGUGGCCUCCGAUGCUAGCUUUCACUCGGUUUCUUUUUCCGAGUCUGAUCAUCCUCGGGUGCUAAUUACAGGUGGUCUUGGUCAGCUUGGAGUAGGACUUGCGAAGCUUCUGAGGAAACGCUUCGGAAAGAACAAUGUGAUCUUGUCUGACAUUAGAAAGCCUGCAGAUAAUGUUUUUUAUAGCGGUCCUUUUAUCUACGCAGAUAUUUUGGACUACAAGAAUUUACGUGAGAUAGUGGUGAAUAAUCGGAUAACUUGGCUCUUCCACUACAGCGCUUUGCUCAGUGCUGUUGGAGAAGCAAAUGUCCCUUUGGCCAGAGCUGUAAAUAUUACCGGUUUACACAAUGUUCUGGAUAUUGCAGCUGAGCAUAAUUUGAGACUCUUUGUUCCAAGCACUAUUGGAGCCUUUGGACCCACCUCGCCUCGAGAUCCAACUCCUGAUCUCUGCAUUCAGAGACCAAGGACAAUCUACGGAGUCUCCAAGGUUCACGCUGAGCUCAUGGGAGAAUACUACCAUUACCGGUAUGGCCUAGACUUCCGCUGCCUGAGGUAUCCAGGAAUUAUAUCCGCCGACUCUCAGCCUGGUGGGGGAACGACUGAUUAUGCUGUCCAGAUUUUCCACGAUGCCAUAAAGACCGGCAAAUUCCAAUGCAACCUAAAGCCAGACACUCGUCUCCCUAUGAUGUAUAUUGAUGACUGUCUGAAAGCCACUCUAGAGGUUAUGGAGGCCCCUGCGGAGGCACUGAGCAUGAGGACGUACAACAUCAGUGCCAUGAGCUUCACUCCUGAGGAGCUGGCCCAAGAGGUGCAGAAGCACGUUCCUGAACUCCAGGUGACCUACAACGUGGAUAAAGUCAGGCAGGCCAUAGCUGACAGUUGGCCGAUGAACUUUGAUGAUGGGAACGCCCGGAGAGAUUGGGGUUGGAAACAUGAUUAUGAUCUCCCUGAAUUGGUGACUACGAUGUUCAGCUUCCUUGGGUCUGACUCCAGGAUUGCUCAAGCUAACUGAAAUACUUCGUAAGAUGUUUCCAGAUUUCCACAGAGGACCAGGAAGAAAUGGCUAAAUUAGUUUAUAAUUUUCUGAGUCUUAGAGCAUGUCAAUUAUUAAUUUUCAUAAGUAGCGAUAGAGCUGGGCAGAAACAUACUGUAGCUGGAACGUACUAUUAGAUAAACAACAUCAUUUGGUACAGUCUCCAAGCACAGCACUGUUGACAAACACAGAAUUCUUGAACUUUCACACUUAAGCAGCUAGAAAACAAACAAAAAGAAGCACUUGCUCCUGGCUGAUGACUCUCCAAUCAUUCCUGCCUCUUCUUUGGCAAACAACACGGGGCAAUAUUGUCAGACCUGGUGUUUUGGGCAUAUCCUGCAAAGUUAAUGGUAGGUUUUUCAUUUUCCUGGUGGAGGAUGUUAGAUCGUAGUGAGAUAUGAUCCUUUCUACUCUUUGCUUACCAAAGAGAGAUCAGAAGAGCUACUUCCUGUUUCUAAAUCGCAGGGGUCAUUGCAAUUCUAGUUUGAAAUCAAACUUUGGUUGAUAGUUCCUAUUUAUAUAUAUAUAUAUAUAUAUAUAUAUAUAUAUAUAUAGUGCUGUAUAAGCAUACACUUUUCUAUACAUAGGGCAUACAAAGUAGCAUUAUUCUUAUAAUGCCUAUAAAUGUGAAGAGGAAUAGGACUUGAAUUCUCAUUGUGCUUUAAAAAACCCCAGGGUUUACAAGCUAAGCUUGUUCUUUCAAAGUGCUUCAGUUUAACCUCGGAGGUAGAUCUGAAACGCGAAGAGCUGUUACCGUGUAUGUGAAUGGGGGGUGGAUUUCAAGAAGGCAGUGCCCAGGUAUGGGUUUAUUGUUCAUUAGCGCUACUUCUGGUUAUCCCACUUGUUUGCCGUGCUAGCGCGAGGGUAUACUGCCUGGAGCAAGUUUGAAAGGUGGGCUGAUGAUGGAGCCUGAGGGUAGAGUCAAGUCAGCCUUUGAAAUCUGUUCAUGUUCACUACGUUUUCCAUGUGCACUGUAAGCGUUUUUUGUAGGUGCUGUUUAUGUGUAACUGUCGUAUGCUUUUAUCCUUUAGAGAGGGAUCCAGAAGCUGAAACCAUCUUCUAGCUACAGUUAAGGGCUGUUCUGCUUGUUGAGUUUCGUGCACAGGAGAUUCUGGGAUUAACAAGGGAGUCUUAGGUGCAUGCAAGGAAGAUAUGUCUACUCAAAAGCUACUUAGGAGACUUUGAGAAAUGACAAACUGGCGAGACAGGAAAGCCAUUUUAGGUAAAAUAUCAGUUUCUGUGGAUGUGAAUCUGAGCCAUCGGCUACUAUAGCUAUAGCAUGCCUUAAGAAACAGCAUCUGGGAACUUUGAUUUUAUUUUUUUUCAAAGAAAAAAUAUCGUUCAUUUUCAAAAUGACUGGAAAUUCCCUAUAUGAAGCUCUCCAUCUUUUUUCUUUGUUUUUUGGUCUUGUAUACUCCAGUAGCAUGCGUAGGCAAACACGUUCAAGUAUUUUUUUUUUUGCCUACAGCUUGUUUGCUCUGUUUUCUGUGACGACGCUUUGGUAGUUGCGAGUCUGUUAGGGUCUCUGUAACCCUGCGGUGUUUCCUCAGUAAGUGGGUAACUGACAUGACCAGAUUUCUGUCACUUUGUGAAGGAGUCUACCUGCUGCAGGGAAUGUUUUCUCACAAAAGUAACCUUCAAAUGAAGAUUCUGUGGUGAAACCCAGUUAUUUUAAACAUUUGUUAAACUUGUAUCUCUUGGUUUUGUAUGUAUCUUACUGUUUCAUCUGUUGGCAGAGUAUGCCUUUCCCAGGUAUUUAAGCUCAAAAACCUCUAAGGUUGUGGCCUGUUAUUAAAAUAUUUUUUUAUAUUGUUUACGUUUCUGCAAAGACAGGUUUUUAAAGUUUGGCCGCUGUUAUAACUAUCACAUUGUUCAAGUGUAAUGUUUGGCCCAAUGGGCCAGCGAAAUUGGUCCUCCGUUCGUACCCUCGAAGGAAAGACUGGCUCAGGUUUUGUUCUCUGCCCUCCCAAAACCUGGAUCAUCUCCUAGGAAACUGUUACACUGAGCCGUCGGGUCAAGGGCUUUAAUACGAGCUGAAGUGUCUUGUCCAUUCCAGUCUCUCUUAAUUCAGACACUGGGGACUCCUCAUUGCCUCUGUUCCAUGAGACGUGUAAGAUAAAGAGUUGUUGACGGGUCUCACUCCAUUUCUUCACUCAGUGUCAUGGGAUCUGCUCCCCUCACCCUUGUUCAUUAACGAGUGAAGAGCAAGAAUGUUCUUUUCGUCUGAGACACACUGUCCGUGGUUGUGACAUUGCACAAAAGGGUUGGAGAAGGUGCUGCAGUGAAGGUGAAAUUCAGACCUUUUUUUGAACAAAGUUGGGAGGUUUUUUUUUGUUGUGUUCUGCCAAAAAUUGCUGACUCUCAGUUAGGAAACUUGUUUUUCAAAGUCUGAAAGAAAUCAUAUUGCAAUAGAGAGCUGUUUGGAGGUAACAAGGUGGCGAUAGGGAAUGUGAUCAGAGAUGUCUACAUGGUUUGAGUCCUGUUUGAAACUCUGGUUUGCAACCUGUGACCAAUGAUGUGUGUACUUUAUUUUUUUCAUAUCUUCCCCAUUAACUUCUCUUGUAACUAUGUUACACUAUUUUCUGUAUUAAACCAACUUGAUGUGGUACAAAAUGUCUAACUUUUGCUAUCAGUUUGAAGUUUGACUUCUGGGCAGAGACUUCUCUCGUGACAUCUGAGCAUUGUAGCUGUUAAAUUACAUAUUCAGGAAAAAAAGAAAGGUGUUAAGAAUAUUUUUUCAAAUAUUGUAAGUUGUGGCUGACACCUACUUUAAUAAAAUCCUAUGCAGACCUA